AUGCCUCCCAAUGGUGUCCACGAUCCACCUGAUCUGGAAAAUGGUAACAUAAGGAGCAAAAGAGUGAAGACUGGGAAUGGAGAGAAGAAGAAGAGACAAUUAAUUCUCAAUGCAUUUGUAGAGAUGUGCAGUGGACACCAAUCUCCAGGUCUCUGGCGACAUCCAGACGAUCAGUCUCACAGGUUCAAUGACCUUGAAUACUGGACUGAUCUAGCACAAACGUUGGAGAAAGCAAAGUUCCACGGCAUGUUCAUUGCAGAUGUCCUUGGAGGCUAUGAUGUCUACAAAGGUCCACAAAACUUGGACCCGGCAAUCACUUCCGCUGCUCAGUGGCCGGUAAAUGAACCACUAGCAGUUGUUCCUGCGAUGGCUGCUGUGACGAAGAGUCUGGGGUUUGGGGUUACCGUUGCGACGACUUAUGAGCAGCCUUACCAUUUAGCGAGGAGACUUUCGACUAUUGAUCACUUAACUAAAGGGAGGCUUGGUUGGAACAUCGUGACUGGAUACCUUGACUCGGCAGCGAGAAAUUUGGGCCACACCACACAGCCAGACCAUGACGAGCGCUACAAAAUAGCAGACGAGUAUCUCGAAGUCAUGUACAAGCUCUUCGAAUCAUCUUGGCGUGACGAUGCAGUAGUCCGAGAUAUCAAAAAAGGAGUGUACACCGACCCCAGCCGCGUACGCCAAAUCAACCACGUCGGAAAAUACUACAACGUUCCCGGCCCGCACAUCUGUCAACCAAGUCCUCAACGUACUCCACUCCUCAUGCAAGCUGGUACCUCCUCAUCAGGGAAACGUUUCGCAGCCAAGAAUGCGGAGGCUAUUUUCGUUGCCGGUCACAGUCCCUCUGUCGUAGCGAAGAGUAUCAAGGAUAUUCGAGCCCAGGCGAAGGAGUUUGGAAGGGAUGAGGCUAGUGUCAAGUUCUUGGCUAUGAUGUGUCCAGUGCUGGGGAAGACGGAAGAGGAGGCGAAGGCGAAGUAUGAGGAGUAUCUCAGUUAUGGGAGUGAAGAUGGGGCGUUUGCACUUUUUGGUGGGUGGACGGGCAUUGAUCUUGCCAAGUAUGGGGAUGAUGAGGAGUUGAGACAUGUUGAGAGUAAUGCGAUUAGGUCUGCAGUCGAAGGAUGGUCCAAAGCUAGCCCAGGUGUUGCGAAAUGGACAAAGCAUACUGUUGCGAGACACUUGAUGGUAGGUGGCUUGGGAGCGACUGUUGUUGGAACUCCCGAGCAGGUUGCGGAUGUGUUUGAGAACUGGGUUGAAGAAGGCGAUGUCGAUGGCUUCAAUAUCGCAUAUGCAAUCACGCCUGGCUCUUUCAAUGAUGUGAUAGAGCUGUUAUUACCAGAAUUGAGAAAAAGAGGUUUGUUCUGGGAUGACUACGAAGUUCCGAAUGGUACGUAUCGAGAGAAUGUCUAUGCAAGACAAGGACAAAGUGGCCUCCCUGUUGAUCACCCAGCGCAUGGGUAUCGAUGGAAAGCAGGAGAGUAG